CGUACUCACAGGCACUGUACAUACUGAUUCAAGAAUUGUUUUACAAGUGUUUUACCUGCAAACAAUAUUUAAUACAUCAACAUACCCUCAGUACUCCUCCCUUAACUUUUACAAGCAAAAUAAACCUUUGCACAAUAAAACUGUUAUUUGUUGACUUGAAAUAAUAAUAUAAUGUUUUGCUAGGAAAAACUACAGCAAACAGUUUACUUGUCGAUAUAAUUUGUGCUUGAUUUUAAAACUUCACAGUUGAUAAUGGACUCACCUACACCCUCAUCUGGACCAUCUUUUGAAAUCGCACCCUUCAGGGCAAAUGAUUUCAUGGGUAAAUUUAAGCCUCCUGCUUUCAAUGAUCCAGCUAGAUUCACCAGAAGGAUUAGAGACAAUCUUCUUUAUUACCAAACUAAUUAUUUUGCCAUUUGGCUCAUCGCCUGCAUUCUUUCUGGAAUUUUAAAACCUGAUCGAAUGAUGAAAGGAGUUUUCUCGGCGUAUUUAUUCACAGUUAUUUAUCUUCUAGUUGCUUCGAAGCUUCCAAUCAUCACUAAUUUCAAAGAAAGAUAUGCAGCUGCUUCCAUGGCAGUUCUGAUUCUAUGUAUUGGUCUAGUUUUCUACUUUUUCGAUGUUUAUCUCCUCUUAUGGGGAAUUCUUACACCUUUGGUUAUGAUUUUAAGUCAUGCAACUUUCCGAGCCCGUAAUCUGACCAAUAAAAUCACUAAACAUCUUGAAUCUCUUGGUUUCGGAACAACACCGAUGGGAAAAGUCCUCACACUGCUUGGCAUUGACAUUAAAUAAGGCACCACCUUACAUUCAUGAUUUAAGAGAUUAAUAAAAUUAAUGUUUCUAUUAUGCGAUUCUUAUGUUACUGUAAAUUCAAUUUGCCAACUAAUCUUCACUAAAAUUGCAAAAAUUAAAUGAAUAUUUGAUCAUAAUUUUUCUGACGAUAGAUAAUGCUGUACCAGAAAAUAAAAUUUUAA